AUGCCUUCAUUCUUUCGAGCCCUGUUCUCUGGGCUUAUAGCAUCUCAGCUGAGCUGGGCUGCACCCUCGCUUCUCCAUCCUCUUGAGCCUCGCCAGCAACCGAAUUGUAACACGGCCUCCAAUCGUGCUUGCUGGAUCAGCGGCUCGUACGAUAUCACCACUGACUAUGAAGUGAAAACUCCAUUGACGGGUGUUGUCCGACAGUAUGACUUGACUCUGACUCAAGCUGAGAACUGGCUGGGUCCGGAUGGUGUUGUCAAGGAAGAUGUGAUGCUCGUAAAUGGUAACAUUCUGGGCCCCGUCAUCCACGCUCAGUGGGGAGAUACAAUUUCUGUAACGGUCACGAACAACCUCAAGUACAAUGGGACAACGAUCCAUUGGCAUGGGAUCAGACAGCUCAACACCAACCUGCAAGAUGGAGUCAACGGUAUUACGGAAUGUCCUAUUCCACCUAACGGCGGCUCCAAGACCUACACAUUCAUUGCACACCAGUACGGAACUAGUUGGUAUCACUCUCACUUCUCGGCACAAUACGGAAACGGCAUCGUCGGCGCCAUCCAGAUUGACGGUCCUGCCAGUCUUCCCUACGAUAUUGAUCUGGGCCCUCUUGUCCUGUCGGAUUACUACUACAAAACUGCAGACGAACUUGUUGUCUACACCCAGAGCAAUGCGCCUCCCGCUAGCGACAACGUACUCUUCAAUGGAACCAACAUCAAUCCGGCUAACACGACGCAAGGCCAGUAUAAGACCAUCACUCUGACUCCAGGCAAGAGACAUCGCCUGAGAAUUAUCAACACCAGCGUCGAGAACAACUUCCAGGUGUCCAUUGUGGGCCAUUCUAUGACAGUCAUCGAAUCGGAUUUUGUUCCAGUGGACUCUUUCACGACGGAUAGCCUCUUUGUGGGCAUCGGUCAGCGCUAUGAUGUGACGAUUGAUGCCAGCCAGGCUACGGACAACUACUGGAUGAACGUCACAUUCGGCGGAGGCGGCUUUUGCGGCAAAUCUAACAACCCUUACCCGGCUGCUAUUAUUCACUACAACGGUGCUUCCAACAGCCACCCAACUAACAAAGGCGUUGCUCCGGCCGAUCACGAAUGCUUGGACCUCCUCAACCUCGUCCCGGUCGUCCCCCGCUCUAUACCGACCUCUGGCUUUGUUGCAGCCAGCGACAACACCUUGGAUGUUCAACUGUCUACAACUACCAGGAAGUGGACUAUCAACGGCUCUACUCUCGACGUGGACUGGGGUCACCCCAUCACUCAAUAUGUCAUUAACAAGUCGACCGCCUGGCCCUCAACUGACAAUGUUUGGCUGGUAGAGGAGGCGAAUCAGUGGGCAUACUGGCUGAUUGAGAACGAUCCCACCGCGACUGGCAACGCACUGCCACACCCUAUCCACCUGCACGGCCAUGACUUUGUGGUGCUUGGACGUUCCCCUAAUGUGUCGCCGACAGCCCAGACUCCUUAUACCUUUACGUCGUCGGAUGUGUCGAGCCUUAACGGCAACAACCCUAUCCGGCGUGACGUUGUGAUGCUCCCUCCCAAGGGCUGGCUUCUCAUUGCAUUCCAGACUACUAACCCAGGAGCUUGGCUGAUGCAUUGCCACAUUGCAUGGCACGUCUCUGCUGGCCUUGGAAAUACUUUCCUUGAGCAGCCUUCUGCCUUUGUCGCCGGGCUGAACACGAAUGAUGUUAACCAGCUCAAUUCCCAGUGUAAAAGCUGGAAUGCUUACUAUCCUUCCAAAGACAUCUUCAAGCAGGAUGAUUCGGGAGUUUGA